UCAGCAUACAGAAGUAUCUUUAUAUAUAUGUCCGUGUGUGAACACGUAUUGGAAUUGAUUAAAUGCACAUUUUCGAAAAUUGCAGUAGAUAGAAACAUUACUGGAAAAUGCGAUCGUGAUUUUGAAACGAGUAAGAAAACAUAAUGAGAAAGCAAAGGGGAUAGAAAUUCCGUUAAUAUCUGUAGCGAAGUAUGCAGGAAUAUGGCUUUGCAGGUGGAGUACAUAUAUGGUAUAACUAAACGAUAGAGAAAGUGGGGUGAUAAAAACUGAUAAUUAGAUUCUACAGUAAAGCGAGUCAAUUUUGAGACGGCCUCCAGGCUGGAAACAAUUAUGGUCAACUGACUGUUCGACGGCAGAGGGCGCUGACUUCUACGGUCAGUACAGUUUGAUCGUGGAACGGAUGGGAGAGAGGGAGAGAGAACUGAAGGGAUAGCCCGUCCUCGGGGCGGUAGAGCCAAAGUCCAUUGCUUGGAAAUGGCCGGUGAGGUUUGCUGGUGCCGAGGCUGGAAAGUCCCUACUCUCAUUCUUUGGUUUUGCGCCAUUCUUAGCCGGGCUCAACAGGCCAACUUUAACGCAGAGUCCUGGCUCCAGUCAUAUGGAUACCUACCUCAUGGUGAUUUACGAAUGUCCACGAUGAGAUCAGCACAGACACUGUCCAACGCCAUCAGUAAAAUGCAGAGGUUCUAUGGAAUUGAAGUAACUGGAGAACUUGAUGAAAACACAAAAAAGUGGAUGAAGAAACCCCGCUGUGGUGUUCCUGACAACUUUGGCACAGAAAUCAAGACAAAUUUACGUCGUAAGCGAUAUAUCCUCACUGGACAAAAGUGGAAUUCGAAACGUAUCACAUACAGCAUCCAAAACUAUACACCCAAACUGGGAGAAUAUAGGACACGCCAGGCUAUCCGCCAGGCUUUUGGUGUCUGGCAGAAAGCUACGCCAAUAAUAUUUGAGGAGAUUACUUAUUAUGAUAUUCGAUAUGGUCGCAGGAAGCAUGCAGACAUCGUGGUCUUCUUUGCCUCGGGUUUCCAUGGUGACAGUUCCCCAUUUGAUGGGGAGGGUGGUUUCCUGGCUCAUGCCUAUUUCCCUGGUAGUGGAUUGGGCGGUGAUACUCAUUUUGAUUCAGAUGAGCCAUGGACCCUGGCAAGUACUGAUCUUCAAGGGAAUGACCUGUUCCUUGUAGCAGUCCAUGAGCUAGGACAUGCUCUGGGCCUCGAACAUUCCAGCAAUCCUAAUGCCAUAAUGGCUCCGUUUUACCAGUGGAUGGAUACAGAGAAUUUUGAGCUUCCAGAAGAUGAUUUAAAAGGAAUCCAGCAGAUAUAUGGUCUACCAGAUAGCUUACCCAAACCCACAAAUUCACUGCCAACUAUGACACCGCGGAGACCAAAAAAACCUGAGCGUGUGCCUCCCAAAACUCCUGACCGAAAACCAGCACCCCGAGAUCCUGAUCUAGACAAUCCUGACACGACAGAUGGAACCACCCAACAUCGUCCAAAUAUAUGCGAUGGCAACUUUGAUAGCAUGGCAAUGUUGCGGGGAGAAAUGUUUGUGUUUAAGGGACUCUGGUUUUGGAGAGUUCGAAAUAAUCGAGUAUUGGACAACUACCCAAUGCCUAUUGGCCAUUUCUGGAGAGGAUUGCCAUCCAAUAUUGAUGCAGCAUAUGAACGGCAUGAUGGAAAAUUUGUGUUUUUUAAAGGUGACAAAUUCUGGCUGUUCCAUGAAGCAAUGUUGGAGCCAGGUUACCCCCGUCAUCUAAUGGCCCUUGGUGCUGGAAUGCCUCCUGAUGGAAUUGAUGCAGCCAUUUGGUGGGAAAUUACUGGUCAGACUUAUUUCUUCAAAGGCGACAGCUACUGGCGAUUCAGUGAAGAAAAGAGAGCAGUAGAUAGUGGUUAUCCAAAGCCAAUAAGUGUUUGGAAAGGAAUUCCAUCAUCACCAAAAGGCGCUUUCCUAACGGACGAUGGAGCAUACACACAUUUUUACAAAGGUACCAAAUACUGGAAAUUUAACAACCAACUGUUGAGAACAGAGCCUGGUUAUCCAAAAUCCAUCCUCCGUGACUGGAUGGGGUGCCGCCCAGAUGUUGAACCUGAUUUUACUGAGAAGGAGCCUAAUUUGGAUAAUGACAAUGUUGAUGAUGAUAAUGAUAUAGCUAAUGACGAUGAUGCUGACAAUGAUGAUGGGACAAAGGAAGAGAAAGACAAAGAGAGCGAAGAAGAGGUGGACAUUCAUAUUAAUAUCCCUGUGGAUGACUACACCAGAGUCAUGAAUAUAGUGAUUGUCAUUGUUCCACUAAUUCUGCUGCUGUGCAUUCUCGGAUUGAUCUAUGCCAUCCUCCAACUGCAGAAGAAAGGAACUCCAAGACUCCUGCUGUACUGUAAACGUUCUAUGCAGGAUUGGGUUUGACAUUAAUACGGUGCUUUUGCUAGGUGGCUCAUCACUUUGGGCCACAGACAUUGAGUACAGGUGACACUGCUUCUCAAUUUUAUUUGUUUUGCUUUUAACGAUCCUGCUCAAUUAUGUUAACUGAAGCAUUGGUUGUAAAAAAAACAUAAGGAAUUUGGGGUAUUUUGAUAUGGUCCUAGUGAAAUCUGGCUGAAAGAAUUUGUGAUGCGGUUCUAGGUUUCAUACCUCUUUGACACCCUCCCCUUAACUAGGCUAAGUGGAGUGGUACAAGGUGAGGCCUGGCCUGAGGAAUGACUCCUUUUAAUGCUUCUCAAAGAGUUUUAUUAGCUAUAAAUGAAGAACGACAUCAUACAAAACACUUGAAAUUAUUGAUAUUGUUUGAGCACAUUAUUCAUUGUGGUUAAUUCAUAAAUAGUUUCUAUCCGCUACACAUACUUUAACAUACUAAAACGUUUCCACUCCUGAGCUGAAGAUUUGAUUAGGAUUAGCAUGUAAUGAGGGCAGUACAACUGGUGACAGUUUACAGUAAUUCAUGGAAGAAUUGGAGCAGCCACAAAAGGCAAUGUUGUUUCUCUAUGCCUUAGAAUUAUUGCAUUUAGACCAAGUACUCCAAAGAACUUCCUCAGAAUCGCUAUACAAUUGGGAAAAGAUGCUAUCCACAGUAUCACUGAGAGAUAAUUGCCAUAACUUUCUACAAAUUGCAAUUAGACCUAUUGAAAGGAAAUCAUUCCACUUCACCAGAUUUUAGUGGAGGACCAACUAAAUGUAUUUGUUGACUGUUGAAUUCUUGCUCAAAGCUUUGUAUUUGUGCCUUUCCUGUAGAUUAGGUUAUUACUCCUGUAAAGAAUCACCAUUGUUUAACAGGAGUCCUGACUUAACUACUCAGACUGAUAGCUGAGAUUCUUGGGCUAUUGCCCUAUUCUGCACUGCAAGGGGGGAGAUCCCAUUAGUUGUAGAUAUGUCUCUAGCCUUUUGGCUGCAGGGAUCUUUCAUUAAACUAGAACAAGGGUUCUAAUUGUUAAGAGGCAAUUGGUGAAAAAGGGAUUAAUUGCCCUUGUGGAUAGUUUGAUCCUCAGAAGAAUAUAGUAUGUAUAAAUAAUAAAGAUGUCCUUGUCAGUACUGUGAUUCCGUAAACUUAAAAGGCCUGUUUCCAUAUUGGAUGCAGAACUGUGCUGGACUGGUGAUAAUCGUCUACUAGAGUGAAUUUUAAUAGGGGCAUUCUGCAAUCUGAAAGGGUUUUAACCUUGUAUGGGCAUUGGGCAUUAAAAAAAAAUGCAUCUGGAAUAGGGUUGGCUGUUCUGCUAUUCAGAGCUUAAUUUUAGCAGAAUUUACAAAUGCAGUCUCUUUCAACAUGUUUUAAGGAAAUCAUCAUGCCUCAACGAAGUCCAGUAAAUAACAAUAUUUACCUUGUAUUUUCUUAGGAACAUUAGAAAUUCCUAAGAUGUGUUGUCUUUUCAUCAUUUGCAUGCAAUCCUCUCAAUGAUACUAGGCAGAACUGCAGGGUUCAGGUUCCACCAACAACCUUGAAAUGUACUUAUUUGUCUCCUUGAAAGUCUAUUUGGACAUUUUGUAACAGCUAAAUGAACUUUAACACUAGAAAGACCCCAAAAGUAUUAUAUUUUUGUUUCAGCAAAACUGAAAGCAUUUUCUUGAUAUACUGUCUGUAAAACUUGAGGUUAAGUCAGGCUACAUAUAAUAUAGACCUUCAGCAUUUUGUCAACUUUAAUUGAUCAAGUUCUUCAUUGUUCGGACUUCAUUGCAACAUUGCCUGCCGCUUCUGAUCUUUCUCUAAAAUCCUCAGCCUGAUUUAAUCAACUUCCCGCUCAACUAGCCUAUUUCCUUCCACCUUCCACAAAGUAUAACUAUUUCAGAACAGAGCUUGCAUUUCCAGCCAUGCGGGAAUUCUGAAUUCUCAUUUCUGUAGUAUACCAUCAGUUUCAUUCGCUCUCAAAAAAAAACUGACUGCACAAUUUUAAUGCUUGGUGUCAUCAAACUUCUCCUCAGUUCAUCAUCCCCAAGUAUGCCAUCUCAUCUCUUGACAUUGUUCUUUCAACUGCUAUAUGCGUUCCCUAUUUUCUUGCUGCUUUGUUUUCCUCAUGCUUCUAAUGCUUCAGAAACCUCUCUAAUUGGCGAAGUAAUUAACUUACAAUGGUUGAUUUUCCUUAUUCAUCAUUUUUGUUCCCAGAAUAAAUUUGUUUGGGGCACCGUGUGUGAGUCGUGUAAUGGAAAAGGAAAAUGAUAAUAAGCAUAUGUCUAAUUUUUCACAAAAAAAACCUGAUAAUGGGUAAAAAAAUUGGUUAAUAUUGUCUAUUUAAAAGUCAUGUAAGAUCAAUAUUUGAAUCUCUUCACUUUCUACCACGAGCAUCGUGGUUCAAAAGUUAAACGUUGAUUUGGGAAAACUGCAAAAGUUACUAAAUUGCUUGAUGCAGUCAAAUUAAUCAGGCAGAUGGAAAACAUUGAGUGAGGAUGAUAAAAUCUGUUCUAAAAACAAAAAUGUUGGCAAUAUUUUGCAAGUAUUGCUUCCAAGGAAGGAGCACAUUUUUAAGUUGUUGACCUUUCAUCAGACCUAUCUGGUUGAAAUCCAUUUAUGACCAUGACAGUCAGUGUUGAAGCUGUGCAGAUAUUUAUGAGAAAUUGCACUUGGGUGAUACACCCUGGGAAUAGUGUUCACACAUCAAAGGGUGCAAUUCGAAAUAAAUAUAUGACUGUUGCAAACUCAGCACAAAACAAGACCAGCCAUUGGAAAAAAUAUCUAUUGAGCUUUAUAACCCAAUCAAUAGAUUCAAUUAGAAAGUAAAGUAUUUUUAAAACUUUGUUAGUCAAAGAGAAAUUGUGAUUUCACAGGUGCUCAGAUGAUCCACUCCUAAUGCCAGAAAACAUGGAUGUAACAAAAAUAUGAAGAUAAUGGUCUCUUGCUAUGUCAUGAAUUAUCCAUCAGCCUUGAUGGAUGGAAGGUGACAGAGAGAGGAGCUAUAAAGUGAAAAACCCUAUGAAAAGAUAAACGUUGGAACGUAACUUUGUUGAGCCCACAAAAGAAAAAGGAUCCAUCUGGUAAAAUAUAUAUUUAAAUCUAAUGUUAAUAUGGUUUCCUUUGGAGUCUUUAUUUUUGGAUUGGAUUUCCAUACAAGGCAGGCAAAAUGAUGGAUUCAUUAGCAGAUAGUUGAAGCUGCGAAUGUGGCUUGUUUUUUUUUUCUAAAUGGAUGAGCAAGACCCAACAAAUUGCCUUCCUCCACUAUACAGUAAAGACUAUAGUUUAGUAUAGAGAUACUUUGCGGAAAUAGGCUCUUCGGCCCACCGAGUCCACGCCGACCAGUGAUCCCCGCACAUGAACACUAUCCUGCACACACUAGGGACAAUUUCACAUUUAUACCAAGCCACUUAACCUACAAAGAGUGUGGGAGGAAACCGAAGAUCUCGGGGAAAACCCAAGUGGUGAUGGGGGAGAACGUACAAUCUCUAUACAGCAGCACCCAUAGUCGGGAUCGAACCCGGGUCUCUGGCGCUGUAAGUUCUGUAAGGCAGCAACUCUACCGCUGCGCCGUCGUACCGCUCUUUGUGCACUCAUAAAUGUUCACACCUCUCAUUUCUGAAGCAGUCAGUCAAAUAUUACAGGGUUGAGGUCAAACUCUCAUUUCUUUUGGAUGAAGAUCAAAUAAUCCCAGGAUUACAGUUGUCAUAUUUACAUCAGUGAAGGGAAAAAGGCCAAUUUUAAAAUUAACUAAUAGCCUUUACAUUAUCAAUUAAUAUUUUAGAAUUUCCCAGGUUGUCAGGUCAAAUAUUUGAGAGUCUGAUCCAAAGCAGAAUGAGUGGUAUCCUGAUUAGGAAUCUGCAGCAAACACUCCGAGAGGAACUGAUGCCAUAUCACACACUCCAUGUGCCUUUAUAUUGAGUAUUAAUCAAACCUGGGACCUUAUCGCGGCCUUUCUAGUAGGGCUCGUCAUUCUAACCUAACUGUUGCAAGGUGCAGAGGCUGGCCAAAAUUCCAAAGUCCACACUUUCAGUUCGAUUUUGUUCUGUCUGCAGUACAUUACUGUCAUCAGUCCAUGAUAAUGUUGGUGAUUUGAAGGUACCUUUUGAAUUUGGUGUUAAUUUGGACAAAGAGGAAUAUAUUCUACAGCGAUUUCCCCAGUUUAUUAUAACAUAAUCUGGGCAAGUUGUAUUUAUACAUGUUUCAGGCAGGAGUUCACAUAUGCUGGAUUUGUGUGGCAGGUUUUUCCAAAAUAAAAUCAAAUAACUAAUUCUGAGAACAACUCUGCUGAACUGUUUCACUCUCUGAAACUGGUUCCCAUUACCUCUUGUCCAAACACCCAGUGCAUUACUGGUCACCAAACAUUGCCAAGGUGCUUUAAUCGUUGUCACUCAAUGUUCCUAGAAAUCAUGCAAUUUAGAAACGAAUGUUGGAAGUAUGUUUUUAUUUUUUAAAUAAAUGUUGUGUGUAUUUAGAUUUUCUGAUGUUCUUUUUUAAAUUGGUUCAUGCUGGCGUGUGUUACAAUUAAAUACCA